AUGCUAUGCGCGAGCAAGGCCGCCGAGAGCGCGUCCGCACGUCUCUGUGCAGACGCCGAAGCAGAAACCACAGCAACUGAUGUCUCAUCGGUUGCUGAAGCAACCCAGCCUGUGUCACUUGGUGAUGCAGGCGCUGGUCAUGAAGACACUCAUGUCUUCACAGAGUACGAGCUCGGUGUCUCUUACUCUCCUGAUACGGAAGACGGAUCUGUAUCAACGGCGAUCGAAACCAAUCCGCCUGCCAAGCGUAGCAUGGACGAUGCUUUGCGUCGUAGCAUCUUUGGUUCAUCUGAUGAAUCAGAUGAACCAUCGCCGAAGCGUAGGCGCUCGAGGUCGCGAGACUCGGGCGCUAACAGUGGUGUCGGUUCUCCUAUGGACACCACUUCGCAACGAGGUGCCAGUACUUCUGUCGGCACAUAG